GCUGGGCACGGAGAAGCGGUAAGGACGCGGGCACGCACACACGCACGCACGCACGCGUGCGCGCCCUCCUUUACUCGUGCCGCCGCGGCUGCUCCCGCGUACACCAGCAACGCCCGUCUAUUCGGCCGAGAUGCUGCGGGCCUGUCAGUUAUCCGGCGUGACUGCCGCUGCCCAGAGUUGUCUCUGUGGGAAAUUUGUCUUCCGUCCAUUGCGUCCAUUUCGUAGAUACUCUACUUCAAGGAGUUCUGGGUUGACUCCAGGCAGAAUUGCUGGAGCUGGCGUUUUGUUUGUUGGUGGAGGUAUUGGUGGCACUAUCCUAUAUGCCAAAUGGGAUUCUCAUUUCCGGGAAAGUGUUGAGAAAACCAUACCUUACUCAGACAAACUUUUUGACAUGUUUCUUGGUUCUGUACCUUACAAUGUCCCAUUGCCAACGAAGCCAAUUCAAUCUGGUCCACUAAAAAUCUCUAGUGAAUCAGAGGAAAAGAAGGACUCUGAACAGCCUGCUUCACAACUCCAAAAACAGAAGGAAGAAACUCCAACGUCAGCAUCUACAGAGGCAGCUCAAGUUAUUUCUGCAGCAGGUGAUACACUUUCCGUCCCAGCCCCUGCCGUUCAGCAUGAGGACUCUGUAAAAUCUGAUGGGCCUGAAAUUGGAGGAAAACCCCCAUCUGAAAUUUCAGAGGAAGCAUCCCCAACUGUAAGGGAGCGACCACCUGAAGAAGUUGCAGCUCGCCUUGCAGAACAGGACAAACAAGAGCAAGUUAUGAUUGAGACUCUAGCCAAGAGCUUACAAGAUGCUCUGAGCCAAACUGCUUCCAUCACUCAGCAGGCUAUUGCAGCCCAGAAUGCUGCUGUCCAGGCUGUCAAUGCACAUGCCAACAUACUAAAAGCAGCCAUGGACAACUCUGAGAUUCCAAGCGAGAAGAAGUCUGCUCAGUGGCGUACAGUGGAGGGUGCAUUGAAAGAACGCAGAAAGGCAGUAGAUGAAGCUGCUGAUGCUCUUCUCAAAGCCAAAGAAGAAUUAGAGAAGAUGAAAGGUGUAAUUGAAAAUGCAAAGAAUGAAGAGGUUGCUGGGGCCAAAACUCAUAUAACUCUUGCAGAGGGAAAACUUCACAACAUGAUAGUUGAUUUGGAUAACAUGGUCAAGAAGGUCCAAGCAGCUCAGUCUGAGGCUAAGGUUGUCUCUCAGUAUCAUGAGCUGGUGGUCCAAGCCCGGGAUGACUUUAGGCGAGAGUUGGACAGUAUUACUCCAGAAGUUGUUUCUGGAUGGAAAGGGAUGAGUAAGUACAGUUGUAAUAUUUACACUUUUUCUUUUUUCAAAUUUUUGGCAACUGAUUAAACAUGAUUAAAGUCC